AUGCUCAGUUUGGUGUGUAUUGCUAGAAAGAUUUUUUUCUUCCUUCUUGGGAGAGUGCAUGUGAUCAGCACAGGGCCAAACAGUGCUGUCCAGACAGAGGGUCAGGGGUUCUGCAUCCUCCUAGAGAAAAUGAAAACUCCUCCUACAAGCUUUAACCAGCGCUCUGCUGGACAUUGAUAGAAGUCACAAAACUGCUUUAACUGCUGAUGAGAAAAGGAAUUUAGCAGUUUAUAUUUCCUAAAAUAAUUGCACUUCCAUGUUCUGUGUACUGUGGGAGACCAGAUAUAGUGAAUGCAGAGUCCUGGG